AAACAGCAUUUGUGGGACAUAUUUUGUCACAUGCUUAUCGUAAUUGCUUAUCGAUAUUGUUUUCGUGAAAUAUUUCAUAAUUUUUUCAGGUUAUUGAUAUUGGACUCAGUUGUAGAAAUGCUGUCAUGUGAAGCUCCUGAUGCUGAAUGCAUCACAUCUUUAGCUGGCGUUGUAAAGACAAAGGAAGAUGUUCCUGAAAUGUUGAGUGAGAAUGAUGUGUCCAAAAUAUAUUCUGAUGAUGAAGAUUCUGAUGAAGAUGAUUUUGAUCCCAAUUUCACCAGAGGAUUUCUUGACGACUUUUACCGUAUUCGCAAAGACGUGACUGAAAAAUUAAAACAAUUUUCUUGGAUAAAUGGAUAUUGCGGGAUAACAUUCAACCCAGAACCACGUUUGUAUGUGACUGUAGUAAAGGAGAGAAAAAAUGAUGAAGAUUCUUUGAAGAAUGAGAUCAACGACAAAUUUGGUUGGAAAGCGUCUUAUUAUAUUGAGUUUCGUUUUGCCGAUAGUUCAUUACCGACGUUUCGAUAUUUGUCAACUCAAGGUAAAACAAAGUAAAUGUCAUAAUCCUAUGAAUGUAGGUUAUGAAGGUUACUUUGGUACAGUGACAAUGGUUUGCCGAAAGAAUCGUUAAGAAUCUACAGUACCGACCUCGAGUAACAUGACUUGACUCGCUGUUUGCGACUGAAUAAAAUAACUCGCAAAAAUUUCGACAAACAUAGUCUUAAGUGUAGUGACAAGUAAAAUUUGUUCAACAUUUUGAAGGCAACGGUUUUUUAUCUUUUUAUGAAACAUGAGAGCAAAACGACUAUUCAUUUGAAGCAAUAUCUCGGGACCUAAUGACAAAGGCCAUAAACAUUUAAUAGCAAGAACGAUAUAAAACUACGUGUAUAGGAAAACCACGUGUAUAGGAAAACAACGUGUAUAGGAAAACAACGUGUAUAGUAAGGCCUUCAUAUCAAUAGCGACUACAUCCAAAACUCCAGGUCAACGAAGUUCUUUCAGAAUCGAAUUCAAAAGAUUAUACCUACACUUGUCGUGCAUAGCUACAUUCCUUAAAUAUUUGGCUUUAAAGAAUAUUCGUUUUUUUAAUGCAUUCUUUUCUAAGAUUAUAUGUGUCCAUAAUCUAAGACUGUUAGAAGAAAAUAAUUGAGCGCUAUUUAGAUUUACUCAUUGAUUGCGUGCCGUUUACUUUACAUUUCUCUAUGGUCUCUACCGCUUUACGAAUAACGUUUGUGGCUUUGUGCCAUGAAAAAUGUAAAUAUGAAUGUUUUUUCAUUCAAAAUCCCGUUGAGUCACC